CUGCACCAUCUUGCAUUCCCACCAGCAGUGUGUGAGAGUUCUGAUUCUCCCCUGUCCUCACCAGCACUUCUUAUUGUCUGUCUUCAAUGACAGCCACCCCAGGGGGUAUGAAGAGGUACCUCAUUGUGGUUUUGAGUUUGCGUUUUCCUGAUGGCUAACGAUGUUGAGCAGCUUUUUAUGUAUUUAUUAGGCAUUUGUCUGUUUUGAAGAAAUAUCUAUUUGUUUCUCCUUUGCCCAUUUUUAUUUUCAUUAUGUUUUUAAAGAUUUAUUUAUUUAUUUUUGAGAGAGAAAGAGAGCACACCACGAGAGAGAGCGAAGGGGGGUGUGGAGGGGCAGAGGGAGAGGGAGGGAGAAACAUAAGGGGACUCCGAGCUGAGCACGGAGCCCGACAUGGGGCUCGGUCUCAGGAUUCUGAGAUCAUGACCUGAGCCAAAACCAAAAGUUGGAAAAGCUUAACCGACUGCACCACCCAGGUGCCCCUGUUUUGUUUUGUUUUUUUUAAGAUUUAUUUAUUUAUUUGAGAGAGAGAGAGCGCAUGUGUGAGGCGGGGUGCAGGGCAGAGGGAGAGAGAGAACCUCCAGCAGACGCCCCGCUGAGCACGGAGCUCGAUCUCACUACCCCGAGAUCACAACCUGAGCCGAAACUGAGAGCUGGAUGCCCAACCGACUGAGCCACCCAGCUGCCCCCUCCUUUGCCCAUUUUAAAUUUGGGUUGUUUGUCUCUUGAUUGUUAAAUUGUGCCACUGCAGUCCACAGGGGAAACUGAGGCUGAGAAAAGGGAUGCGAUUGGCCAAGAACACUAGGCUCAUAAGCAGAUUAAGACUGGUAACUGGGUUGGUGUCUACCUCCCACCUUAGCAGGUCAAGGGUCACUCACUGUCUCUCUUCCCAGAUGAGUGGCCUCCUUCCUCCAAUUCUGACCCACUCCCAGGCCACCCCAGGUCCUGUUCUUGCAUUUAAAGCAGUAGAGCCCCACAGGCGGAGGGUGGGCCAGAAAGACAGGGGAACAGUAGUUCUGAGGAACCAAGCCAGUCCUCUUUCCCCCUCCGAAUCACGUGGACCCAGCUGACGUGGCCCCGGGAAGAGGGGACAGCCCGGGCCUGUGGUCGGGGAGCCUAUUUAUACUGGCUGGGCCGUGUUGCAAGCCCUUCCUGCUGGCGAGAGGGACGUCACUGGGCGCUGACCUCACCAGAAACGCUGACGCAUCUUCCCCUCAUGCUUUGCUCGGUUGGCCAGACGGGUCUCCUCACCUUGGGGCCACUCCCUGUCCUCGGGCACAUCACUGUCCCCUCCCACCGAGCUCUGGACACUCCCCCAUGGUCCUCACUCCCUGCUGCCCUCCAAGCAUGCCCUCCUCUUGCAAGCCGUUAUGGGUGGAAUUUUAUCCCUUAAAUUCUUGUGUUGAAGACCUACCCCCACAGUACCUCAGAAUGUGGCUGCAUUUGGAGAUAGGGUCCCCCUCAAAGAGGUGAGGUACAAUGAGGCCUAAUCCAAUAUGACUGGUGUCCUUCUAAGAAGAGGAGAUUAGGACAGACACACAGACAGGGGGACAACCAUGUGAGGAGACAGCAAGAAGGCAGCCAUCUACGAGCCAAGGAGAGAGGCUGCAGGAUGAUAUCGGCCCUGCGGACCCUUUGGUCUCAGACUUCUAGCUCCAGAAUGGUGGGAACAUACAUUUCUGUCGUUUCAGUCCUCCUGUCUGUGCUAUGUUGUUACGGCAGCACGAGUAGAUGAAUAUAUAAGUCCUCUUUGCCGUUGGUGGCCCUUGGCCCUGGGGCCUGCACACCGCCCUCCGAAUGUGGUCUUUCAGACUCGACAGCCCGGGUUUGGACGCCCCCUCGUCUUAACUGUUCCCACCCAGGGCGAUGCAGGGGAAAGCAAAGGCAUGUAGCUUCCCCCCAAGUGUGGAGGGUGGUCCGCAGUAGCUGAGAGGGGCAAGAAGCUCUCCUGCCAGUCGUAGCUCUCCAGCCCAGAGCCUGGCCCUGAGCUUCUCAGUUGCCUCAUGAAAGGGAGCCAAAGCAUCCCUGCCCGGGAGCUCUCCCUUUCAGCGCUGUUGCAUGAUGAGAUCAGGGCUGUGAAAUGAAGAAGGAUCCCAGCUUGGCAUGGGCCCCAGAAAAUGGUCUUGCGGGGGUGGGCACAGGGAUGAGGAAUUGAGCAGAAGCGACGUUCUCAGGAGGAGAAUCCAGAACUGGCCCUCGGGGGUGGCAAAGGCGGGUGUGGUGAGCUCCAUGCUGAGGUGCCAGGGAGUGGGUGGGAGGCGAGGAACAGCCUCCUGGGCAUGGGGGGGGGGGUCUGGCUUUGCCCACUACGGGAUCCUUGGGAGUGGCUGGCUCAGAGUAGGGCCAAAUAAAAGUUCAUUGAACAAAUAAAUGAGUAAUGGUGAACGUGUCUGCAGAGGAGAGAGCAGGUGGGAACAGCCCUGGUGGUCAGGAUGGGUGUCGGGGACAGGGAUGGAUAGGAGGGUGUCUGACCCUCCCUCAGCUCUCCUGUCUAGGCUCCACAGGCCCAAUGCUUUCCCCAGCUGGAAGCUUCCAGGGGUCUCACCCUGGUUCCCCGGGCUCCUGAGGCUCUCCUCCCCACUGGACUCCUGAGGCUGGCCAAGGACCCUCUUCCAGGCCUGGUAGAUAUGCCGGGGCGGCCUCUCCGCCUCCCUGUCUGCCCUAGCCCAGGCCUCACUUUACCCGAAGCAGAGUAACAGGUUGACUAGAGAGGCGUGGUCUCCAGAGCUCCUUCACUCUGACGUCCAGAGGUCUGCGAGGAGCAGAGGACCAACCACAAUCACUAUCUUUCAGAGAAAGUGAAACCUGGUCCCCAACCGUCACCACGGUGACUCCCCCACCCUGGCUUCCCCUCUGAGCUCACAGCUUCCCCAUCUCCUCUGCCCCCCACACUACCCCUCAACAGCUAGUACUUGGAAUUAGACUUUCGUCUUUCUUUUUUCCUUCAAAGGACUUUUGCCUUUUAUGUUCAUGACAGUGGCAGCACUAAGAGCCUGGCCCAGGAAAUGCUUUUCGAAUCCUCAUUUUACAGGUGGGGCCGCUGAGGCCCAGAGACGUUAAGUGACUUUCCUCUGGUCACACAGCAUGUCAGCAGGCUUGAACCCUAAUUUCCUGUGUCUCUUGUUUCCCCCCAGAGGACCCUGUCUGUAAAGAAAGGGCCUGGCUGCAGGCUAUGGGCCUGGGAUAAGGAAGACUGAUUGCUGGGGGGCGGGGGGCAUGAUGGGAGAAAGGAGAUGGCUGGGAGCCCCAAUGGGGGAUGCAGGUCCUGGGGCCAGAACCACAAUCUCGGGGCUGCCAGCCUGGGUCUGGCUCUGUGCCCAGAGCCCGGUGGUUUCCGCUCACAGAUGUCCCAACAGCCCUGGCAGGAGGGCAGGAAGGGCACUCAAGAAGGAAGAUGUCUCGCUCCCCUCAGCCCCAAACCACAGUGGCUUGUGAGGCCGAUGGCUCCUGGGCCAAGCCUGGCCUGCGGGCCCUCCAAGGACCCAGUUGGCACACUCUCCCCUCUAUCCUGGGCACGGCUCCCUGCAGAUGGCGUGGACCCCCUUGCUCCCUGCUCACCCCAGGAAGGCUGAGGCUGCGGUUUGCAUCAUCCUUGGGCGUGGGGCUGACCUCGAAGAACGAAUUCGAAGAAAACAGGAGGAGGAGCAGUUUGCCACCGCACCCAGCGCCCAUUGGCCGCCCGUGGAAACUUUGGUUUUUGGGGUCAUGUUCCCAGAAGGCCUGCCCUUCCCCCCCCCUCCCCACCCACCUCACGAGGUGUUGGCCAAUCGCCCUGGCGGGCAUAAAGUGGCUGCCAGCCCGCAGGGCUCCCAGCCAGGAGGUGUCACCCCCAGCAGGCGCCGGCCGGAGCUUGGGCACCCAGCAUGCGGGCACAGCUUAUGCAGAGGACGCUGCCCAGUCUGGUCCUCGGACUCCUGUUCCUGAGCACGCCGGCCAUGGGCAGCUGUUUGGACAAGUACCAAGAGCUGCUUGGGCAGCUCCAGAAGCAGGCGGACAUCAUGCAGCGCACCAGCCUGCUCCUGGACCCCUAUAUCCAAAGCCAAGGUCUGGACAAGGAUGGACUGAAGGAGCACUGUCGGGAGCGCCCCGGGGCCUUCCCCAGCAAGGAUGCCCUGCAGGGGCUCGGCAGGUGGGAAUUCCUGCGGACCCUCGACACCACGCUGGGCCACGUUCUGCACAGACUGACUGCCUUGCGGCGGGACAUCCCCAGAGCCCAGGACUUGGAGAUGCUGAAUAGGGCGAAGCAGAACAUUCGCGGGUUCAAGAACAACAUCCACUGCAUGGCCCAGCUGCUUCCAGGCUCCUCGGAGACAACGGAGCCCACUCCGACAGGCCCGGGGACGUCUCCGUCGCCCACCCCCACCUCAGACACCUUUCAGCGCCGGCUAGAGGGCUGCAGGUUCCUGCAUGGCUAUCACCGCUUCAUGCACUCCGUGGGGCAGGUCUUCCGAGAGUGGGGGGAGAGCCCAAGUCGGAGCCGGAGACACAGCCCCCACCAGGGCCUGCGGAAGGGGACCAGCAGGAUGCAACUCUCCAGGAAGAACAAGAGACUCCUGCCCAGGGGGCAGCUGCCCCGGUAG